CUCAAAAAAGCUAUAAGAGCUAUUAGAACUAAUCCUGAAUAAUAAUAAAGGGGGAUAAAAACAGGUCAAUAAUAUUCAACGUGAAAGGGGCCUUUACAAUACAUUAAGCAUAGUGCAGUUCAGUUCUAUGGCUGUAGAUAGCAUGGGCGUAGCAUUUAGACAUCUUGACUGAAUAUUAUGUUGAUUUAGCUCUUACCAGGUGAUAGAAUCGAUAUUCAGGUUUGAGCAAAGUGUGUAGGUUUAUUGUUCAAUCCAAGAUUAAUAAAUUCUAUUGACUUGAAAUUUUAUAGAUAAAGUCGUAAGUCUUUAUCUAAACUUGCCAAAUGGCUGCUUUUCCAGGAUCCAUUGCAUUUGAUGAGUAUGGUAGACCAUUUAUUAUCAUCAAAGAUCAGGAAAAACAAAGACGUUUAACCGGUAAUGAUGCCAUCAAGAGCCAUAUACUCUCAGCCAAAGCAAUUUCCAAAAUUGUUAGAACUUCCUUGGGUCCAAAAGGUUUGGACAAACUAUUGGUGUCGCAAGACGGUGAUGUUAUGGUAAGCAAUGAUGGAGCUACCAUCAUGAAGCAAAUGGAUGUGGAUAAUGAAAUUGCAAAACUGAUGGUGCAACUGUCUCAAUCCCAAGAUGAUGAAAUUGGAGAUGGAACUACAGGAGUUGUUGUUCUUGCUGGUGCUUUGUUAGAACAAGCUGAUGUUUUAUUAGAUAAAGGUAUUCAUCCUAUUAGAAUUGCAGAUGGGUAUGAAUUAGCUGCUCGAGCUGCCAUAGAACAUUUAGAUUCUAUCGCCACAAAAUUUCCUGUUGAUCCUAAUAAUUUAGAACCUCUUAUUAAGACUGCUAUGACAACUCUUGGAUCAAAAAUCGUUAACAAAUGUCAUCGCCAAAUGGCAGAAAUAGCUGUUAAGGCAGUAUUAUCAGUGGCUGAUCUGGAAAAGAGGGAUGUCAACUUCGAGCUCAUAAAAGUUGAUGGUAAAGUCGGUGGAAGGCUGGAAGAUUCUAUGCUUGUCAAAGGUGUGGUCAUUGAUAAGGAUUUCUCUCAUCCCCAAAUGCCAAAGGUAUUAAAGGAUGUUAAAAUAGCAAUCUUAACUUGCCCAUUUGAACCGCCUAAGCCAAAAACAAAACAUAAGUUGGAUGUAACAUCUAUUGAUGACUAUAGGGCGUUGAGGAAGUACGAAGAAGAGAAAUUUAAUACCAUGGUUUCUCAAGUCAAAGAGGCAGGUGCUACUCUUGCUAUUUGUCAAUGGGGAUUUGAUGAUGAAGCAAAUCAUCUUCUUCUAAAGAGAGAACUUCCUGCAGUUAGGUGGGUCGGUGGCCCAGAAAUCGAGUUGAUUGCCAUUGCAACUGGUGGACGUAUCGUACCCCGAUUUGAAGAGUUGAAUCCUGAAAAACUUGGUCGUGCUGGACUUGUUAGAGAAAUCUCUUUUGGUACUACAAAGGAUAAAAUGCUUGUGAUUGAGGAAUGUGCCAAUUCUCGUUCUGUCACAAUUUUCAUUAGAGGUUCAAACCAAAUGAUAAUCGAUGAAGCUAAGAGGUCAAUGCAUGAUGCACUUUGUGUCGUUAGAAAUUUGAUUUGUGAUGACAGCAUUGUUUAUGGUGGAGGUGCUGCUGAACUUUCAUGUUCUAUUGCCACUGCCAAACAGGCAGAUAAGAUUUCAACAAUUGAACAGUACGCAUUCCGUGCAUUUUCUGAAGCUUUGGAGUCCAUUCCUUUUGCUCUAGCAGAGAAUUCAGGUUUACCACCAAUGCAGGUUGUAACUAGUGUAAGAGGAAGGCAAAUCCAAGAAAACAACCCUGCACUUGGUGUUGAUUGUAUGGGGAAAGGAACUAAUGAUAUGAAAGAGCAGCAUGUUAUUGAAACACUUAAAAGCAAAAAGCAACAAAUAAUGCUUGCUACACAAUUGGUGAAAAUGAUACUUAAAAUUGAUGAUGUCAGAACACCUAAUGAUAUGCAAUAUUAACUUAUUUUUCUUUUCUACCUCGCCUUAAGUUACUUUAAUAAAACAAAAAAUUACAGCUUUAUAACUAACUUAAUUUGAAAUAAACACUUUUUUAUACU